UUGAAACUUUCUUGUAAAAAAAUUCAGUAAAUAAAACCUUAGGUCUGGUCUGUCUGUGCGUCUUCUCCUUAUCUCCCCCUGCUCCCAGUAUUGCUGUCUCCACUUACUCAAAGCUCCCUUAUACCUAUUACGAUGACACAGUAAGCUGAUGUUUCAUUCCUACGGUGUGUAUAUGUAUAUAUAACUGCCUCUCUAUAUAUAUAUGUAUAUAGAAACAACCCCCCUCUCACCGCUGCCCAGAUGAUUCAACCGAUAUUCUGUGGCAACCAGUUUAACCUAGAUAAGGGCAUCACUUCCAUUCACAACCAUAGUCACUGUCAGCUGUCUGAAGUUUCACUCAUUCUCAUCACCCAGAAAAACUAAUACUAAAAAAAAAAAUCUCUAAGAAUAAUUUCAGAAGCUUUUUUUUUUCUCUACUUAGAUCAAUUGAUAUUUUAUAUAUGUGGCUAUAAAUUGUAAAAGAAAACAUCUUUAGAAAAUAUGUAUUCCUUUCAACCUGUUUUCCCAAUGGGAAACCAACACAAUUUCUAUGGACAACCAAUGUAUCCCAAUAAUUAUUUGAAAUGUCCUGAAAAGCCUUUACUAUCUAGCGAAAAAUCUUAUAACACUCUCGAUCAUUGCAGAAAUAAUGAUUCUUCUUUGAUGUCACCUCCUCCAUCCUUUGAUAGAAACGUAAGUGAACCACAGACUCAUGAUUCGUAUGCUCAAAAACACCCAUUGCAGCCACCAAAAGAUUUCCAGUGUAGUUUCUGUAAAAAAGGAUUCUCAAAUCAGUUUUUUCUAAAGAACCAUGAACUCACUCACACAGGACUGAAGCCUUUUGAGUGCAGUUACUGUGGAAAAGCCUUCACACAGAAAAUCAACCUUAAAAAUCAUCUGCGAACUCACACUGGGGAGAAGCCAUUCCAGUGUACAGUUUGUAAUAAAUCUUUUAGUCAGCGUGGUAAUUUGAAGCUUCACCUUAGAACGCACACUGGGGAGAAACCCUUUGCCUGUGAUGUCUGUGGGAAAGCCUUUUCCCAGAAGAUUAAUUUAAACGACCAUAAACGACUUCACACAGGAGAGCUCUACUAUUGUCAGUUCUGCAAGAAACCGUUUUGUAACCAGUUUUUUCUAAAGAUACACGAACGUAUACACACCGGGGAACUGUAUAAAUGCACAUUCUGUACAAAAUCUUUCACUUUACAGAUAAAUUUGAAAAAUCACUUAAGAACUCACACAGGGGAGAAACCAUUCCAAUGUAAUGUUUGCUCAAAAGCUUUCUCUCAAAGGGGAAAUUUAAAACUUCAUCUUCGAACUCACACUGGAGAGAAACCAUUUUCUUGUGAAGUCUGUGGCAAAGCUUUCUCACAGAAAAUAAAUCUGAAUGACCAUAAGCGACUCCACACUGGAGACCUGUUUUAUUGCCAAUAUUGUAAGAAACCAUUUUGUAACCAGUUCUUUUUAAAAAUUCAUGAGCGGAUACAUACUGGCGAACUAUAUAAAUGUGAAAUUUGUAAUAAAGAAUUUACACAGAAGAUCAAUCUGAAAAACCACCACAGAACUCACACAGGAGAAAAACCAUUUCAGUGUAACCUAUGUGACAAAUCUUUUAGCCAAAGAGGAAAUUUAAAACUUCACCUUCGCACUCAUGCAGGAGAGAAGCCAUACUGUUGUGAUGUUUGCCCAAAGGUUUUUUCACAGGCAGGUAACUUAAAAACUCAUCUGCGUACCCAUACAGGUGAGAAGCCCUUUAAAUGUGACACUUGUGGAAAGUCUUUCUCUCAGAAAGCCAAUCUAAAUAACCACAAACGUACACGUACAGGUUGUGAGCUGUUUACUAAGAACCCACAGAAUUACCAGUCCAGAGCGCAGUCUACACCUCUUGCCUCUCCCAAUGCUGUUCCCCCUGUAAUAAACAGUGAAACACCCACUUCUAAUUCUCGCCUUCCAAACCAGCGCCAUGAUAAAUCAUCAUCUUUUAACACUUGCACACGAGGCUUAAAUCAAAAGUGCUCUUGUCCUAAUUGCGAGCUUUUCCUAAAAAAUCCCCCUUUGCCUCAACCACCUCCAGUGAUGUUAAGCGGAGGAGGUGAAUCAAGUGCAGAGUCCCUUGAUCAAAAGGACCACUCUUUAUUCCCAUCAUAUCACAGUGAACUUCACAGAGAUAAACAACCUCAGCAAGAAUCUUUGCCGUCUUUAUCACCGCCUCUUCAAAAGGUUCCCAUGAAAGUUAACCCGACAAGCUCACCACACCCAACUCCUAUGUUCUUCCCACAUCAUCGAGAUUCUCAAAUACCUUCUUCUCGCUUACAGACCCCUUCAAUCCCAGUCUCUCAUACAUCCACCCCAGCAUAUUUGCACGAAAUGCCACAGAGUUGGGAGAGCAACUAUCUGUGGUCUAGAGGGUACCCCAUGCCUCCUUUGCUUGGUUCUAGCUGGCCUAGCGUUCCUUCAGGCUAUUCCUGUGGGGUCAAGCAAAGUAAACAGACUCCCUGGAACAAUAUCCAAGGCAUUCAUGCACCUUCUAAGAGUAACCCUGAUAUCUACGGCAUGGAAAAGUGAAGACAAUUAGUGAAUUUAAUUUUAAUUCCAAUUAAUACACACAAUUUAUAUAGUGC